AUGGUCGGCCUGCUCAACUCCGAUUACGCUGAGAUUUUUAGCUAUACGGAUAGGAAUGAUAUCACGGACGUAGUAGCUCUUCGAAAGUCAGUCAAUGAACUGCUCGUAGCGGCUACUGCUGGUAUUCCAUGGCCCGAAGGCAUGGAGGAAAGCACAUAUUCUACCAAUUCAUUGGACGGAACUCCUUUCAAGAUACAUCGCUUUUUACCGCAUUCAUUGCAAAAGGGAAUUGAAGCAGGCCCUCAGAGAGCCGUUGUAUUUGCGUUUGGUGGCGGUCUAAUUGCCGGUGGUGUGGAAGUCUCAAGACCGGUUAUCGCUAAGCUUGCGGACUUAAGUCAAUCGCAAGUCUUUGCGCCUCAAUACCGUCUCGGACCAGAGCAUCCAACUCGGGGUGUUGAGGAUGUGUACUCGACCAUUCAAUGGUUACACGUUAACGCUAAACGCCUCAAUAUCGACCCCGAGCGUAUUGUCCUAUAUGGCCAGAGCGCAGGGGGAGGCAUUGCAGCCGGCGCUGCCCUGAUGGCACGAGAUAAGGAAUUAAGCCCACCGAUCGCAGGUCAAUGCCUUAGAUACCCGAUGUUGGACGAUCGGACGACCAUGGAUGAGAGCGAUCCAAGAUGGAAGUUCUUGACGCAUUCCGUAGCUUCCAACGACAUAGGGUGGAAGUGUUACCUCGGUGGAAAGGAGCGAUUGGAGAGAAUCGCCGACGAUAUAUCGUGUUACGCUGCACCCGCUCGUGCAACCAACCUACACGGCUUACCGCCGGCUCACAUCGGCGUCGGUAGUCUUGAUCUCUUCAGAGAUGAGGACUUGGCAUACGCGGCUGGGCUUGUGAUGGCUGACGUUGGCGUCGAUUUCAUCCUGUACCCCGGUGUUCCUCACGGCUUUGACUUAAACCCUGCCAUUGACUUGGGUAACACAAUGUGGGAUAAAGAGGUCAGAUGGAUUACGAAUUUUUGA